UUGAGUAUAGACGGACAAACUAUCAAAGUAUCAACGACAACAGAAAAAAACACUGCCGUGGUAAAAAAGCCGGUUGAGUUGUAACUUCAUUUAUCAAUCUCAUUUAAGAUUUGUAUUGAAAAGCAUCAACUUAACAAAAUGUUUCGAUCGAUUGCUAAACAAAGUAUUCGAACCGCACAAAAAGUUCAUUAUUCAAGUUUACCAGCUCCAGAACCGAAUCCUGUUGUAAAUUAUACUGGUAUUUUUAUUAACAAUGAAUGGUACAAAUCAAAAUCGGGCAAAACAUUUGAAACACUUAAUCCAAGUACUGGCGAGGUAAUCGCUGAAGUACAAGAAGGCGGUAAAGCUGAUAUUGAUUUUGCUGUAGAUGCUGCAAACGAAGCAUUCCGUUUAGGAUCACCAUGGCGCACAAUGGAUCCAUCUCAACGAGGACGUUUACUUUACAAACUUGCUGACUUAAUGGAACGUGACGCGGUCUAUCUUGCUAGUUUAGAAACUUUGGACAAUGGUAAACCAUUUUCAAUGUCACUGACUGUCGAUGUUCAAGCAAGUAUUGGUACCUUACGUUACAUGGCUGGAUGGGCAGAUAAAAAUCAUGGUAAAACCAUUCCAUUAGAUGGCCCAUACUUCGCUUACACACGCCACGAACCGGUUGGCGUUUGUGGUCAAAUUAUUCCGUGGAAUUUCCCAUUGUUAAUGCUUGCAUGGAAAUUAGGACCAGCUUUAGCUACAGGAAACACAAUUAUCUUAAAACCAGCCGAACAAACGCCUUUAACAGCAUUAUACACGGCCCAAUUAAUUAAAGAAGCCGGAUUUCCACCAGGAGUGGUAAAUAUUGUACCUGGUUUCGGUGAAGCAGGUGCCGCUUUAGUUGCUAAUCGUAAAGUAGAAAAGAUUGCAUUCACCGGUUCAACCGAGGUUGGAAUGAAAAUUCAACAAGCAUCCGGUUUACAUAAUUUAAAACGUACAACAUUGGAAUUGGGUGGAAAGAGUCCGAAUAUUAUUUUAAGUGAUGUCGAUAUGGAAUAUGCUGUCGAAGCCGCCCAUUUUGGAUUGUUCUUUAAUAUGGGACAAUGUUGUUGCGCUGGAUCUAGAACUUACGUACAAGAUAAGAUCUAUGAUGAGUUUGUUGAACGAAGUGCAGAACGAGCAGCUAAACGUAAAGUUGGUAAUCCAUUUGAUCCAACAGUGGAACAAGGGCCACAAGUUGAUAAGGAGCAACAAGAUCGUAUUUUGAAAAUGAUCGAAACUGGAAAGAAACAGGGUGCUAAAUGUGUUGUUGGCGGUGAGAAACAUGGUGAUAAAGGAUACUUCGUUAAACCAACUGUUUUUGCUGAUGUUAAAGAUAAUAUGACCAUUGCCAGAGAGGAGAUUUUUGGACCAGUACAACAAAUUUUACGAUUUAAAGAUAUCGAAGAGGUAAUUGAACGUGCUAAUGAUUCCGAUUAUGGUCUUGCUGCUGCUGUCUUUACAAAAGAUAUCGAUAAGGCUAAUUAUAUUGUACAAGGGUUACGUGCGGGUACUGUUUGGGUGAACACAUACAACGCAUUAGGUUCACAAUCACCAUUCGGCGGUUACAAAUCAUCUGGACAUGGUCGUGAAAAUGGUCCAUACGGUAUUGAACCGUAUACAGAAGUCAAAAGUGUUAUUGUUAAAAUCCCACAAAAGAAUUCAUAAAUAAUUCUUUCAAAACCAAAGAAAAAAAAUAUUAAUUGUUAAUCUAUUCCCCUUUUCCUUCAUUUUUCUCUUCGUUCUUUCCACGUUUAAAAAAUUUAUUUUUGUACUAUUCUACGAUUUUUUGUGUAAAAAUAGAAAAAAAGCACAAAGAUUGCAACAUAAUCGAAACUAAAUAUGUGAUACUUUUUUUUAUUAAAUAAAAUUUUUAAAUUUA